AUGGCCAAGGAGACCGAAGUGGUGAUUGCCUUUGGGAAUGCAUCCUGGAAACAGGGGAAGGGAUAUGCAUCCAGUCCCAGGAGACUCAGGUUCGCCAAGUACUUCGAGCAAUUCCACCACCACCAGAGACGACCACCAGACCAAUCCGUCUCCAAGAUCCAUGUGUGCUCGGUGAACGAGUUCAACACAUCCCAGUCCAUCGCAAAUAGUACCCCGGUCCUCUCAUUCACACACUUUCCAAGACCCAAGUUCCCGCCAUAUACCUUGCACCAAACACUGCCAGCACAAGCCAUGAAGCCCGCCCUCUUGUCUCUUGUUGUCUUGUCCCUGCUUGCGACUCUCUGCGCGGCAGUGCCCGUUCCCAUUCCGCCUCCUCUCAGCGGCGACAGCAGCAACAUUACACCUCUGAGCCCAGACGACAUUGCGAUUCUCAACGAAAGCGGCGUGGAUACUGUCUUCAAAGACAGUAACUAG